CCGAUCAAUAACCCUCAGCCUCGGCUUCCGCCCGAGAUCUGCGAGCGCAUUAUCGACCAUCUCGAUCCGUCCUCUUUAUGGUAUGACGAGAGACGGGCUCUGUUGAAAUGCGCCCUCGUUUGCCGAGGGUGGUACUCCGAGAGCCGCGCGGUCCUUUUCGAGGAGCCCGUGCUCCACAAUCGGAAAAAGGCAUUCAUCUUUUUGAGGUCACUGAAGCAGACACCCCUCCUCGGUGCCCGUGUGCGACGCUUACAGAUCGGGCCUUUCAAGACAGGUCCGGAGUGGGCAUCGAUUCUCGUGAUGCUCGCAGGGAAACUUCCAAACCUGGACAAGCUCACCCUCACCGCUGUCAGCUUCGAGCAGAGCCCUACGCGCAAUGUAGCGUUUUGGAGUUUGCACGAAUUCAGUCAUCUCACAUCAUUGAAGCUAUAUUCGGUGAUGUUGCCAUCGGCGAGCCCCUUCUUUCAGUUCAUCUGUUCAUUUCCUCGUCUGCAGCACCUUCGUUUGUGGACUCUGUGCUGGAGCGAACCG